AUGGCCAUGGCUAAGAAUACAACACAAUGUUUUAUAUGUCGGAAAUUCAAACGAAUCACAUUUCUUUGUAAAGGAUGUCCGAAAGAAUUUUGUAAAAAAGAUUUUCCUGAACAUCAACAACAAUUAAAUGAUCAAUUACAUUUUAUUAUCAAUGAUUUUGAUCAAUUUAAACAAAAUAUCAAAGAAAAUCAAAUUAAUUCUUCUUUUAUUGAACAAAUUAAUCAAUGGGAACAAAAUUCUAUUCGAUUAAGUAAACAAACUGCUGAAAAUUGUCGAAAAGAAGUUUUCGAUUAUUCCGAAAAACAUUCAAAUGAAAUUGAAGAAAAAUUCCAACGAUUAAGUGAAGAAAUCAAAGAAAUGCAAAGAGAAGAAGAUUUCAAUGAAUUCGAUUUAGAAAAUUUAAAAGAAAAAUUAAACAAAAUUAAUCAAGCAUUUUAUGAUCAAUCGAACAUUUUCAUCAAAGAAAAUAAUCAAGGAUUUAUUAAGGAAAUUUCAAUUAUUUCAACAAUUAAUUUUUCUCAUUUAGAUAAUUCGAAUUCCUUGUCAAUCGAUUCUUUCAACAAUUUAACCAGACAAAUUUCAAUGAAUCAACAAAAAAAAAAGAAAUUUCGACAAUUCGGAAGAAUUGUUGCUGAAGGAAAUCAAUCAUAUCAAAUCUAUCAUCCUCAUGGAAUCUUUGUUGAUCAAAAUAAAAACAUUUUCAUUGCUGAUUGGGUAAACCAUCAUAUUAUUGAAUGGAGAUCCAAUGAAACACAAGGAGAAAUCAUUGCGGGUGGAUAUGGACGAGGAAACAGAUUGGAUAAAUUGGAUAGACCGACAGAUAUGAUUGUUGAUGAUCAGAAUCAUUCAAUCAUCAUUGCUGAUUAG